UCCCCGGAGAAGCAGGGCCGGGGCCCUGGCAGGCGGGCGGGCAGUCAUGGAGGCAGCGGCGCGGAGGCGGCAGCACCCGGGAGCGGCGGGAGGCCCGGGCACGCAGCCGGGCGCCUCUUCACUGCAGGCCAGGCACGGCUCUGUGAAGGCUGAUGAGGCUGCCCGCACGGCUCCCUUCCACCUUGACCUCUGGUUCUACUUCACCCUGCAGAACUGGGUUCUGGACUUUGGCCGCCCCAUUGCCAUGCUGGUGUUCCCUCUGGAAUGGUUUCCGCUCAACAAGCCCAGCGUGGGGGACUACUUCCACAUGGCCUACAACAUCAUCACACCUUUUCUUCUUCUCAAGCUCAUCGAGCGGUCCCCCCGGACCCUGCCCCGCUCCAUGAUCUACAUCAGCAUCAUCACCUUCAUCAUGGGCGCCAGCAUCCACCUGGUGGGUGACUCCGUGAACCACCGCCUGCUCUUCAGUGGUUACCAGCACCACCUGUCUGUACGCGAGAACCCCAUCAUCAAGAAUCUCAAACCAGAGACGCUGAUUGACUCCUUUGAGCUGCUCUACUAUUAUGACGAGUACCUGGGCCACUCCAUGUGGCCCUGCUUCAGACAUGGAAAGUACGUCCCCUUCUUCCUCAUCCUCUUCAUGUACUUCAGUGGCUGCUUCACGCCCACCAAAGCCGAGAGCUCCGUGCCGGGGACAGCCCUGCUCCUGGUGGUGCCCAGUGGCCUGUACUACUGGUACCUGGUCACCGAGGGCCAGAUCUUUAUCCUCUUCAUCUUCACCUUCUUCGCCAUGCUGGCCCUCGUCCUGCAUCGGAAGCGCAAGCGGCUCUUCCUGGACAGCAACGGCCUCUUCCUCUUCUACUCCUUCGCCCUCACCCUCCUGCUUGUGGCGCUCUGGGUCGCCUGGCUGUGGAACGACCCCGUGCUCAGGAAGAAGUAUCCGGGCGUCAUCUACGUCCCUGAGCCCUGGGCCUUCUACACCCUCCAUGUCAGCAGCCAGCACUGAGUCCCUGGCACCAGCUGCUGGUGCUCUGCUGGGCCGGCGAUGGGCCGGGGAGGGCAUCUGAGCAUGCUGUGUGUGUACCUGUGUGUGCAUGAGUGUGUGUGCAACAGUGACUGAGAACGUGGGCAGGAGAGCAUUGCGCACACAGGUAGGCGUGUGUGUGUGCGCGCGCAUGCGUGCCACAGUAUGUGUGGACUGAGUGCAUCGUAAGACUCCACUGUUUUGGUCAUGUCUCUGUAGGGUUUGGGUCUUUCAAGUUUAGUUUUCGGAAGAGUGUCUAGGCCAAGACCUGGUCCCCUGUCCUCCUGUGUGCCUGACUGGAGUUGGGGCCACAGACCUGACUCCUCAGGGUCAUGUACUGGUGGCCACACAGGAGAGGCCUGGGUGGGGUGGAGGCAGGGAGGGGAGUCAGCCUGUUCCCUCACCACCUGUUCAUCCCUCAGGCCUACCCCGGACGUGGAGGCUAGGUUCAUAGGCUCCAUGAACUUCCUGUGUAUUGCUGAGCAGAUCAUUCUCUUCUCUGGGCCUCAUUUGCAUCAGAUGGUCCCAGGGUCCCAAGGUGGGCAGGGGGCUGGGGUUGCGGAGUCCUCUUGGGGCAGCCUUGGGACAAGUGGUUAUGUCCUUGAGGCCCAGCUACCUGUCACUGCCCUCCCACCUGGCAGGUGUGUAUGCCCCAAACCCUCACCCAAUCUUAGUCCCCCCAGGCUGUUGAGCCACCCCCACCCCUACCCUGCCCCCCAGAAGCCAGAGGCCCAGCUCACUCCUUGACUACACAAACCUGACUUUGGGCCUGGGGGCACUAGUUCUCCCACCAUCUCUCCCUCCCCCUGCCAGAAGCUCCUGUCGCCCUACUCCUGUUCCAGAGAAUUGGGGCACCCCCUUCAUGUCAGCCGGCCACAGGUGUUUGAGCUGCACUGAAGGCCAGGUUCGCAAACACUGCACUAGGUUCUCUGACGCAUUAAAGGGUGGGGUGGGCACCUUGAGGCUCUCCAGUCAGCCCUGCCUCAGCCUGAACUACAUGCCUGGCCCUGCUCCCAGAAAACGGAGUCCUCAUUCCCAGCAGACGGGCUGGGUGAACCCCCAGGCCCUUCUCCCAGGCAGUGAGUCCUGGGCCGGGCUGCACUCAGCUGAAGGCAGCACAGCCUUGUUUCCUGGCCAGCACUGACCCACGUGCUUGUAGGCCUCAGGGCCUGCCUUGCCUUACCAGGACCCAGCCUUCUCUCCUCAAAUUCUCAGGUAGCCCCGCACCUCAGCCCCUCCUUUCAGGGCUCAGGCCUCUGCAGCCUCCUUUGGGCUCCCUCUGGACCAUCCUCCCCAGUGUUUGCAUCAUCAUCGGAGGGUGAGAGGUGCAAAUAAAGGCCAUGCGGAGCCUGGCUGGCAGCUGCUGCUUGCUUUGGGUGUGACUUGGGAGGCAGGAGGGUGUUCCCUGAAGUGGGGGUAGGGGGACUGGGUAGCUUGGGGUUUGGCCUGGGCAGACUCCCAAGGCUUACCCAGCCUCCUGUCUGGCUGAGAACAGGCACUGCCACUGCCUGCUGGCCCUCCAUACCACCUCAUAGGCUUCUCGAGUGGGGGACAAGCCGGUGUCUUCCUUCUUUACACCUCUUCAGGGGAGUCUGGGGGCUGUGGGGGAAGGUGGGAGAGGCGCCUCCAGGUCUGCCUUGGGGUGUCCCCCUGAGCCUGCCAGCCCCAUUUCAGAGGCUGAAGCCGAGAGGGUGCUCUUUGAGGGGGAAGGUAGGAGAGCUGGUUUGUUGGAGGUUGGUGCUCGGCCUUGGGCAAUUCCCUUGAUCCCUUGGGGCCUUGGCUCUUAGUAUUCAAGUGCUCAGCCUCACUGUGGUCACCAGGGAGUCUCUCACUGGUGCUGGUGUCGUCAGAUGACACAGGGAUGGCGGCACUGGAUGGGAGACGGCUGGGACCAUCAUAUGCUGGGCCCAGGAAGAAGCCCCCCAAACAGAAAACUCGUUUGAUUCCUUCGCUACACUGAGGGCCCAUUCCUCCAAACCCUGCUCCAGGACACUUCUCCGUGGAAGGGCUCGGCCCUGACUGGGGCACCAGCUGUGCACCGGAAAGUGGAAUCUGACCCCCGGUGGCGUUGGGCCCUGUCUCCAUAGCAACGAGGAUUUAUUACUGAGGCCUCCACCUGACUUGGUGGACUUUCACCUUGAAGCUGGGAGGAAAGGGAACGGAGAUCACCGGUCUGAGAGCAG